ACCAGCGUGUGCCUAAAGCAUCCUAAUAUAAUAAACCUCAGGUACAUCUGCCCGAGCAAUCUGCAGACCCUCCCAUCUCCAAAUCCAUAGGGAUUCCAGCUCCAUCUGAUUGGACGAGGCGGCGAGGGGCGAGAACAAUGUCAUCAUUCCAGCUUAAAAAGACUGCUGCUAUGCCUCGGUGAUGGAAAGAUCACCGCGCGCGUCCAAAUAUAGUACCAGGUGUGCCUCUGAUUUCAACCCGUCUGAAGUGCCUUUCAGCUCACGAAGAUGCCCAGAGGAUUUUUAGUCAAGAGAAAUAAGAAAGCGACACCUGUUUCGUACCGCGUCCGCUCGGAUGAGGAUGAGCAGGGCGCGUUUCCAGCCGCGCAGCAGGACGCGCUGUGCGCGCGCCGCCCGGUCUCACCGGUGCAGUUCGGGAACCCCGAGACAGUCUACCGAUCCAUGUACAGCCCGACCCGACCGGUGAGCAGGGAGCACGAGAGGGCAUGUUUGGAGAGGCGCUUCAAUCUCGGCUCGCCUAUCUCAGCGGAGUCCUUCCCGGCGGCGCCCAACAGCUCCGAUCUCGCGCCGUUCGCGCCCGUGGAUCUUAAAAUCGGCACCAGCAACAGCAACCGAACCGGCACCACAACAACCACGAAAAGACCCGCACCAGACACCGAGCGCAAAGGCAAAGCCGCGUCCAAGAAAGCCAAAGCUAUGCGGAAACUGCAGUUCGAGGACGAGAUGACCACUUCUCCGGUGCUGGGCUUGAAGAUCAAAGAAGGUCCACUCGAGCAGAAGCCCAGAUCUCAGUGCGCGGGAGGAGACAAGCCGCUCGGAGAGUUCGUGUGUCAGCUGUGCAGAGAGGCGUACGCCGAUCCCUUCUCUCUGGCCCAACACAAGUGCUCCAGGAUCGUCCGGAUCGAGUACCGAUGCCCCGAAUGCGACAAGCUCUUCAGCUGCCCGGCGAACCUGGCCUCGCACCGGCGGUGGCACAAACCCAAACCGGGGAACCCGGAAAGCAAUAAGACGCCCGCGCCUGAAAAGGAGCACGAGACGUCCAGCGACAGGGACACUCCCAGUCCUGGACUUUCCGAGUCUGGAUCGGAGGACGGUCUGUACGAUUGCCCGCACUGUGGGAAGAAGUUCAAACGUCAGGCGUACCUGAAAAAGCACGUGACGGCGCUUCACGAAUCUGCGUGCGACAAACCCCAAAGCCAAGCGCCUCUGAAUCUCAGCGCGUCCGAGUGCCACCUGUGCCCGGUGUGCGGGGAAAACUUCCCGAGCAGACUGAGCCAGGAGAGGCACAUCCGUCUGCAGCACUCGGCGCAGGUGUACCCGUGCAAAUACUGUCCCGCCAUGUUUUACAGCUCACCGGGCCUCACGAGACACAUCAACAAAUGCCACCCGUCGGAGAACAGGCAGGUCAUCCUGCUUCAGAUGCCGGUGCGUCCAGCCUGCUGAAGCUGUGCCUUAAACCAGUGCUUCCCAGACAGUCCGACUGUUUGAUUAGGAGGAAGAGGACGUCCAAAACGGGUCGGGAAGCACUGCCUUAACCCACAGAUGAGCACCUGAAUGCCGAUCCUGCUGUCUCUUAAAAACAAAAGGAGGUUUUUGGUUCCACAAAAAAAAGAAAGAAAAAGAAAAGGAACCUGUCUUUUUUUUAAGUUCUUCAUGCAAGCAUCGAUGCAGAACCUUGAUUUUGACCAGUGUAGUUUAUCUGGAUGAGGUACAACAGGUUAGACUGUUUGCUUAUUUUUCUAGGAUCUCCGCACAAGUGCUUUUAGCUUUUAGACCUAAGAAUCCUAGAACAUGCCUUGAAUUCACAGGCUGUACAUACGUCUCCAUCGUUUCUAGCUUUAAUAGAGCUUGUGAAUCUGUGGACUUUGACUGUAGCUUUCUAAACGACCUACAGACAAGGGUUUCUCCCUUUAGUGUAGCCAGAAAUGCCUUGAGUUAGAUCUCGACAUGCUGUAAAACUGCCUUAAUCAUGUAAAUGUUGGAGUGAUUGCAGUUGCUGAUGAUAAUUUUUAUAUUCGUAUUAUUAUUGUGCGUGUAAAUGUUUGUGAUUAUUUAUCUUAUCAUUAUUAUUUAUUUAUUUCAAAUGUUUUAUUUAAAUUAUUCGCUCGCCUAAUUCAUUUGUGAUUGAUUUGAAAUUUGUCUCGACAGCCAAAUGUUUCAUGUAUUGAUCUAAAGAUCGAUCCUCGUCUGCUGAAAGUCGGAAAUUCACCUUGCAUUAGAUACAAUCGUUUAUUAAUUUAUUUGUCACGUUUUUUUUCAUGUUCGGCGCUUGUGUGUUUCUGCAGUUGCUAUUUGUCCAAAAAUGCUUAAAAUAAUGAGAAUAAUAAUAAUAAACAGUCCAAAAAGUCAAAAUGGGAUCCACUUUUGAUGUGACAUUCCAGCAAUCGUGCGUGUUGUCAUGUGGAAACCCAGACACUGUGAACACAGAGAGAUACAUCCUCAUCAUCAUCAUCAUCUUAUACAAUGAAAUGUGUCCGACUGGAUUCUGUACCAAGAUACGUCUGCACUUAAUAAAACACAUCGACCUAAAACUCUGUGUGCGUGAUUAAUGACAUCCUCAUCACAAUCAUCAUCAGCAAAACUAAUCUAAUUCCAGUAGAAUGUGUGACAUCAUAUGGAGAACAAAUGGAAUAUUUGAACUUUUAAAAAGCUGCGGUGAUUCAAAUGGUCAGAUGUUUUACUUCAAAAAACGUCAUCUAAAACUACACUC